ACGCCCACCAUCAAUCACUGACUGCUAUACGACUGUAUGGGAGAUACCUAGUUACUCAUCCGCGACGACUGAGAUACAGGCUAAAUCCUCUGUUUCUACAGCCUUUUCAGGCUUCGUGCUGUCCUAAACACUUGUCAUCUGUUCUACUACAGCAUGGCGAGGAGUGUCGCCCUCAAUCCGGCUUCAAUGCCUUUCUUUCCAGGCGCUCGUACCGGUGAUGAUGAGGGCGGAAACGGUUCAGGCAUCGCCCAUCGUUCCCUCCGACCCUAUGAACAAGAUCUCAACUCAUCUUCUACCGUUUCUCUCUCACCCUCGGAUUACCGUUCAGUCAGAUCAUCUCCAAGCCCACCUUCUUUCCCUGUUCAGUCUGAGCACACCAACGAAGCCAGAACUACCACUAAUAAUGACGUGUCGCGCCAAUCCCCGACAAUACGACAGGUCGAAGGAAGUAAACCUUAUCCAGUCAUCGAAUCUCGGAUCCUAAGGGAGUCUAGCAUGUUUGGAAGUUUAGAGUCGCUGCCGGAGGGAGAGGAUGUUCAGCACACGCCAGGUCCAACCGUUGCAAAUUUGGCUCAUCUGGGGUCCAUUUCAUCCUUCUUUUCAGUCCAGCAAGGUCGAGGAACACCUCCAGUCCCUAUCAAUAAUAAUGGUUCACCGUACAUUCCCGCCGGGGGAUUUACAUCUUCCUCACCCGUAUCGUCAUUAGACUCCAGCAGCCAGUUUGCACCCAGCGUUGACUCCUUCCCUAUUCAAAGCUUCGAAGAGCAACUCAAAGCAUCCAAUCUUUUCAAAGACAUUCUCGAUCGCCUGGUUCGCUGUGAGUUCACUACUAGGCAGAUUCAAAAUGAUCUGGGAGAUAUACACAGCAAGAUCAACCUCAUGAUAAACCGUACUUUGCAAAGUCAGACCAGCACUCAGCCCGAAUUCAAAGAUCCAUUUGCGACUGGUCCGUCUAAUUUCGGCGCUGCUGUCAACGGCGCUCGCGGUUCCGUGGGGAACAUCGCUCCCAAUCAAUUAGCACCCCUCGACGAUAUUUCAACAAUAUCUCAGCGUCUGAACACGCUCACGUCAUCCGUCGGACAGCUACUUGCUCUUCAAACCCAGCAUAUCCAGAAUGCAUCGACUAUUCCUAACCAAGGGGCGGUUGGUACCCAGUUGGAUCUUAAUUCAACCAUUGUUUCCAAUCCAGCGCUGUUGGGGCAUGGAAUACCUGGCCGUACAGACGGCAGGCCCUCUCCUCGUGUUCCAAAUCAGCCAAUGCGAACAUGGUCGACUGGGACCCUUGAGCUUCCCGUUCGCCCUGCUGACACUAAUGUGGGACGACAAGAUCCGCUUCGCGACAAGAGGCGUUCUGUCACUGGUUUGCUCAGACGAGACUCUGCUGGAGUCGUUGAUCUUCAAGGCGACUCAUGGACUGGGGGCAACCGUGAUUCCGGCCCUCUCAUCUCGAAAUGGGAGCAUUUGAAUUUAUCCCCCGACCUUCUACGAUCUUUAAACAAAUUCGGUGUCGGACCGCCGAACAAAAUUCAACAACGCGCCCUUCCGUUCCUUCUCCGUGGCGCCGAUAUCAUUGCACAAGCGCCACCUACUCAGGAACGUAUCGCUGCCUAUGUGAUCCCUGCCAUUCAAAUCGCGUUGACAAGUAUCGCUUCGCAACCCACCAACCGUGGGCCGUUUGUGAUAAUGAUAUCAACCACUGUCGACCAAGCCACACAAGCCCAACGGAUGAUUCGCGAUCUUGGAGGUCCUAUCGGAGUUAGGUCUGCAUUGGGCGUAGGUACUACCUUAGCGCCCAGCGAUCUAGCACAAGAAUUGCGUCUGCUCCAACAAAACAUGCCUCACAUCCUUUGCGGCACUCCGCAGAAGCUUCACGCGUUGUUCACGUCACCUGGCGCUUUGCCUGGCUCGGAGGUCCGUUUCUUAGUCUUGGACGAAGUGGAUCAGCUCAUCGCACGCAAUCUACAUGAGUUCGUAUUCAACAUUGUGAAGCUAUUGCCUUCGCCCAGGUCUCGUCCAUUAAGUGCUGGCAUCAGUCCUGCCGCACCCAACUCUGGUACAACCCCCCAGACAUCUAGCAAUGAUACUUCUAAUAACGGUUUUCAAUCCCCUUUCAACUCCGGACGAAGAUUCUCGACUGUAAGCUCCGAGUCUAGCACUACUGGCCCCCAGGCAGUGGAACGUCAAACGGCCCUUUUUUCCAACACCGUACCGCAAGAUGUACUCAAUUUAGCAACCGCGAUCCAGUUACGAGAACCUGUUCGUGUUCUAGUUCGGCGGGACGGAAAUAUCACCCAAGUAGAGACGACACAAGGUUCUCGUGGUUUAAGGCAAUACUAUCUAUAUCUUGCCUUCACAGGUGGCUCUCGUCCUGACCCUGUUGCACCGCCUGGAGGCGGAUUAGGCAUCAUCGGAUCGGGCAGGGGCGCUACGAGUGCCGAGAGUGUCCAAGCACGGGAAUGGAAACUUGAUGCUCUAGCCGACCUGUUUGAUGAUCUCGACGUUCCACAAGCUAUCGUUCAUGUCGGAGGAAUGACUGCCUUGGACACCGUGGUUUACAAGCUAGCGAGCAGAGGGUUGGAGGCGGUUCCCCUUCAUGGCGAUAUGAGUGCUGCAACGAAGCUGGCAGCGCUGAACAAGUAUAGGGGCUCAAGUUCCUUGAUAAUGAGACCUCCAACGACCAAAGUCCUAGUUGUUUAUGAUGUUCAAAUCAAAGAAAUUUCUCACAUCCCCCUCGUGGUGAAUUAUGAUCUGCCCAAGGCCGUCGAAGAAUACGCCCAUCGCGUUGCUCCUGCUAUUGCGCCAAACAAUUAUACGCGAGCGGGAGUAGUCAUUAAUUUUGUGACUGCGACAGGCGGUGACGUCGAAAUGCUACGCUCCAUAGAGUGUUUCUAUAAGUGAAGUAUUGAUGGCUCUUCCUCAGA